CCGAAACCCCAAAACCCGCACGAGAAAAAAAGGAAGGGGAAAAUCGGGCUGGAGCUGGAGCCCUAGCGGCGGCGGAGGCGGCGGCGAUGGGGCGCGGCGGCGGGGGACGGUGGACGAAGGAGGAGGAGGAGGAGCUGAAGGCGGCGAAGCGGGGGUACCGGGAGGCGGUGGCGGAGGGGAACCGGGAGGAGGAGGCGCGGUGGGCGAACGUCAUCGGCGACAUCCACAAGCGGCGGGGGGAGUACGUGGAGGCGCUCCGGUGGCUGCGGAUCGACUACAAGGUCUCCGUCAAGUACCUCCCCCAGCGCCACCUCCUCCCCUCCUGCCAGUCGCUCGGCGAGGUCCACCUCCGCCUCGGCAACUUCUCCGAGGCCCUCACCUACCAGAAGAAGCACUUACAACUUGCCAAGGAGGCUGAUGACCUUGUUGAGCAGCAGAGAGCUAGCACCCAGCUUGGCAGAACUUACUAUGAGAUCCUUCUAAGAUCUGAAAAUGAUCACAGUGCCAUUCGGAAUGCCAAGAAAUAUUUCAAAUCAUCCAUGAAGCUAGCAAGGGUUCUAAAGGAGAAUCCAUCGUCUCAGAAGUCUCUCUUCCUAAAGGAGCUUAUUGAUGCGUACAAUAAUAUGGGCAUGCUUGAACUGGAACUGGAUAAUUAUGAAGAAGCUGAGAAAUUACUUGUUCAGGGUCUGAAGAUAUGUGAGGAGGAAGAGGUACACCAGUAUGACGAUGCUCGCAGUAGGCUCCAUCACAAUCUAGGUAAUGUUUAUAUUGAACUACGCAACUGGAAUAGAGCCAAGGGCCAUAUUGAGAAGGACAUAGAGAUAUGUAGAAAAAUACGCCAUACUCAAGGCGAGGCAAAGGGAUUUAUAAAUCUGGGGGAGGUGCAUUCCCGUGUUCAAAAGUAUGAAGAUGCAAAGCUUUGUUACAAUAAAGCUCUUCAAAUAACAAAGUGCUUGGAAGAUGAGGAUGCACUAAUGGACCAAAUCCAUCAGAAUAUUGAAACUGUUACCAAAGCAGCCAAAGUACUUGAGGAAAUGAAGACAGACGAGCAGAAACUGAAAAAGCUUGUCAGAGACACAUCUAAUGCUCGUGGAACAUCUAAAGAGAGGAAGCUCCUCCUUGAGCAGUAUGCUUGGCUGGAUAAUCUUAUGGAGAAGGCAAGGAUGAUAACUGCAUGGCCAAAACUGAAGGAAUUUUCGAAAGGACAAAAGAGGGUAGCAAAUGAACUCCAUGACAAGGAAAAACAGAGCAACUCUCUUUUGGUCAUAGGAGAAUCUUACCAAAAGCUUAGAAACUUCAGCAAAGCUCGUAAAUGGUGCAUGAAAAGCUGGAAUAUGUAUCGAUCGAUCGGAAACUUGGAGGGUCAAGCAUUAGCAAAAGUGAACAUUGGGAAUGUUCUUGAUUCUUGUGGUGACUGGGCUGGUGCGUUGCAAGCUUAUGAAGAAGCAUACAGAAUUUCUGUGGAAGGUGGUCUUUCAAAUGUGCAACUAGAUGCCCUUGAAAACAUGCAUUACAGUCACAUGGUCAGAUUUGAUAACAUUGAAGAAGCGAAGAAACUGCAGCAAGAAAUAGACAGCCUGAAGAGAAUGUCUGAUCAACAUGAAGCAAGGGAUACAGUUAGUGACUAUUGCUCAGAAACUGAAAGUGAAGAUGGCAAUGUAUCUGAUAAUAUCCUCAAUACAGAGGACAAUGAUGGGAAUAUUGCAAAUAAUAUUUCUGAGGAAUUUGAUGAUGAUGUUGUUCUUGCCUCACUUGUUCAUAAAAGUAAGUCAUCUAAGACCAAAGCAUCUAAGAUACAUAGUAGUCCGAAGAAUGUUGAUGAGUCAUGUGACAUGGAUGGGAGCCCUGAAGAAGUUGUAAGUAAAUCAUUUAGCAACCAUUCUGGUAGAAAGCGUGUUCGAGUUGUCAUAUCAGAUGAUGAAGCUGAAGAAGCUCCUGAAAUUGAUCAGUCAAAAAGAACACUUACUGGUCGAGCAGAUAGUCUGUCUACCUCAGAGCGAAUUGCAAAUGCAGCAAACAGAAACAGAAAUCAGCAUACCUCUCAUCCCAUUGAGACCAAAGAAGUAGACAGUGUUUGCACUCCCUGCCCUGCUGAGGAAAGUAUAUGUUCAUUCAAAUCUGGUAGUCCUGUUUGUCAUGGUAAUGAUGGCCCAGAUUUAGGAGCUUCUAGCAUAGGAAAGUUAUCUGUGUCCAAACCAGCAGCGAGUGGUUCCAAGGUUGGUACACAUGCAUCAAACAGUCGGCCCCAAUGUCAAAAUGCUGUUGGUCUUCAAUCCUCAGAUGCUGAUCAUAAGUUCUGGGUGUUCAAAAUUGGUGAACUUUUGGUUUACUUGGAUGCAAAUGCAUGUACAUGUGAGGGUGCCUUUAGCAUUGAGUGUCUUAAAGUUGAAGUGGCAUGCGUGUACUAUCUUCAGAUUCCUGAUGAGAAGAGGUCCAAAGGUUUGUUGCCUAUUAUUGGGGAACUCAAGUGUUGUGGGAAGGUACUAGAUGACACGGACUCACGAGAUUAUAUUGAUCAACUUGCCUCUGAACAGAAGUGCAUUGAUGUUGUUAUUGAUGAUUGGGUGCCAAAGCGGCUGAUGAAAUUGUAUGUUGAUUUCUGCACAAAGUUAUCAGAAGCGCCAAAUAAGAAGCUCUUAAAGAAAUUAUAUAAUCUUGAAGUCUCCGAAGACGAGGUUAUUGUGUCUGAUUGUGGACUCCAAGACCUGUCGAUCACACCUUUUCUUGAUGCUCUAAGAUUACAUAAAACAAUAGCUGUGUUGGAUCUUUCCCAUAAUAUGCUAGGAAACCAAACAAUUGAGAGGCUUCAACAAAUAUUUUCUUCAUCAAGCCAAACAUAUGGUGGCUUGACACUGGAUUUACAUUGUAAUCGAUUUGGUCCAACUGCUUUAUUUCAGAUAUGUGAGUGCGCUGUUAUGACUAAUCGAUUGGAAGUACUUAAUCUGUCUGGGAAUCGCCUCACAGAUGCAUGCGGUUCUUACCUUUUCACAAUCCUACAGAAGUGCAAAGAAUGUGUGCUCUGUUUACAUAUCGUAACAGCACUGUACAGCUUGAAUGUCGAGCAAUGUUCUAUCACAUCAAGAACAGUUCAGAAGAUGGCAGAUGCACUGCAUGAAGGGUCUGCCCUUUCACAUCUCUCCUUAGGAAACAACAAUCCAAUUUCUGGAAAUACAAUGCUUAGCCUUCUCUCCAAACUUGCCUCUCUGAAAAGGUUUUCAGAACUAAGCCUGACUGGUAUAAAACUGAGUAAGUUAAUGGUUGAUAAGCUGUGUGUACUUGCACAAUCCUCAUGCUUAUCAGGAUUUCUGCUAGGUGGAACUUACAUUGGAUCAGGAGGGGCAACUAAGCUUACUGAGGCACUCUCUUGUGCAUCACAAGAAUUGCUGAGAUUGGAUUUAUCAAACUGUGGGCUUACAACUCCUGAUUUCUCGCAACUCUGUACAAAUCUUUCUCAAAUUAAUAUCGUUGACUUGAACCUUGGAGGCAAUUCUUUUACCCUAGAGGAAUGUGAUGCUAUUAGGGCAUUGCUUUCGAAUCCCCAAUGCAGUCUCAGAUCUCUCACCCUUGAUAGAUGCAAUCUUGGGCUUGCUGGCACCGUGGGCAUUAUUCAAGCACUAGCAGGAAAUGACCAAUUGGAGGAACUACGCGUUGCUGAGAACACAAACCUGGCACUACAGAGAACAUUGCAGUACGAUGAAGACGCGCAGGAUGUAUCACCAGGUACUGACCAAAACCAACGUACCAAUGCUGAAGCGAACGAUCACAUAGACCCUGAUAAGAUGGAGGUGCCGGAUAGCGAAGACGAAGAGGCAGUCCACGAGGACACCCGUGCAGCGACCGGCCCAGACGGGAGCUGUGCAAGUUCAUGCCAGAGAAACUCCUCUUCUGGCUGUCAUGCCAUCCAAGAACUCGCUGAUGCCAUCAUUUCUGCAAAGCAACUGAAGGUGCUCGAUCUCAGUCGGAACGGGUUGUCGGAAGAGGAUAUCCAGUCACUGUAUUCUGCUUGGGCUUCUGGCCCUAGAGGUGAUGGAAUGGCUCGGAAACAUGUAGCCAAGGAGGUGGUGCAUUUUGCAGUGGAUGGGAUGAAUUGCUGCGGCCUGAAGCCCUGCUGCAGAAGAGACUUGCAGAUGUAGUAAACCUGGUCGACCUCCCCAAGCACCAGGUUAGAGUUGCUCUCUGGAAAUAUUAUUAUUACCACAGUAAAUUAACUAGGGUUCGUCAGUGUAAUUCCGGGGCUCUGUCCAAACAGAGAUGAAUUAAUGGGAACUUGUGUUUCAUCAGAGGUGUAAAUAGCGGCCGAUUUUCGGGUGUAAAUAAAAUUAUGGUACUCCUAUUUGCUUAUUACUAUUAUCUUUCAUCUCUGUUUAAAGCCACAUGCAAUUUUAUAAAUAUAAAAUAUAACAAUGUUAUUAGUGUUUUCAAUAACCACAUGAUGAAGCCAACUUCAUUACUGCGUAAAAUGCCUCAGUCGUACACUAUUUGGUGAUCAAAAUAAAUCGACUACUAGUAUUUGUUUUGUGUACCACAUCACCAGAUAAGGAUUUGUCGGUUCUCCAAAUAGGAUAGUGAUAUUAUUAAAAACUAUGAAGAUAAUGUCCACGAUGGGACAGCUGGUCCCACGGCCCAAAAGGAUACAAGAUAAGCCGAAACAUUACUUUCUACUCUAACAAAAGAACAAUGCUAAAUGAACACUACAAUGUUUGUGCCGAGUUGUUAACACCAUAAUAUGCCAUGCCAAUCUUUGAACCCCUUUUUUGCUAUUCUUAGUUUUCACCAGAAAAAGGAACCUUAUAAUCAUGUUACACAAUGUCCACUAGACAGGAUUCACAAUGCAAUAAAGUGACCACAAAUCUUCAAUUUGUUAGCAUCACUUGUGGAUAUAGCAACAUUGCAUAUAAAAAUUGCCAUCUUGCUCAGCAUCAGCAAACAGACCAAUAGAAAUCCCCAAUAAUACACGCUAGGCACCAAGAAGUCAAAAUCCAAUGGAUCCAUCAUUGAAAAGCUUGCCCUCUAUGCAACUAGUUCACCACCCUUCUCCUUCCCAAACUAGCAAGGCCAUGAACCAAAUGGCGGCAAUGAGCUCUUGCCAUCACCUUUCUUCCUCCAUUUCCACCCCAAGAUUUGGCACAAGGAAGGCAACCAUGGCCAAGUUCGUCAGAGCUCCAGUGCACAGCUGCAGCUGCAGCAAUGCUCACCUCUCCCAAACUGCAGCACCUGCCAAGAUGGUAUUUGAAGACCAGGUGAGAGGAGUGGUAUGUUACAGAGAUGAUAAGGGGAAUAUGAUCUGCGAAGGGUACGAUGAAGGGCCUAGGCUUGGCAUGCGGCUGCCGGAGAAGGCCUGCUUCCCAUGGCCUAUGGGGGUUCAAGUCACCGAUUUCAUCGAGCUGUCGACGCUUCGAGUUUUCGAAGACGUCGAUUCUCUGCAGCCCAGGAAAGAUCAGAAGGGGAAGCUCUGAAAUAAGGUUUCUGAAAUUCAGACAUACAAGGCCUAAGAAUUGCUACAUGAAUAAGCUGAAACUCUAUCCAUUUUCAUAUAUACUCAUUAUCAUUUCUUGCUGAUAAAUGAGUUUUAGUAUUGUUCGUCUCAAUUAUCAACUGGAUCCUUCUGUAUUCCUUCAGCACAAUGCUAGAACAUCGAGUUUCUGUGAUUGUUUCAA